CUAAGUAGUAAGCUGACUAAUAAUCUAAUAGUAAAGUUAUUCUUACAUAAUUGUGUAGCUACUAUUGACCACAAUUUUGAUGAUUAUAAACGUUACUGAAAAAAUGAAGUGUGUAAUUGAAGGAAAUGGUGUGAAAGUUUUUGGAAAGGCAGUUCAUGCUCUGUCACGUAUCAGUGAUGAUAUUUGGUUGGACCCACUGGAGAAAGGGCUGGCGCUGCGGACAGUAAACCAGACCCAUUCGGCCUAUGCUUGUUUCCUCUUCUCUCGAAUGUUCUUCCGGCAUUAUACCUCAACUUCAGACCAGCGACAGGAAUAUAAGUCUGCAAAAUGCAAAGUAUCCUUAAAGUCGGUGCUGCCCCUCUUUCGCAGCAUCUCUACAUUAGAGCGCAGUGUGUACAGAUGUGAGAUAACUAUCAACAUCUUCGACCACAGGGUGGUAUUCCAGUUUAAGUGCAGGAAUGGAAUAACCAAGACACACAACUUGGGGUACCAAGAAUGUGAAGCACUGCAAGCAGUUUUUCCAGCUCACUUGUGUCCCAACAUUCUAAAGGCACAUCCAAAACUUCUCAGUGACAUCAUGGUGCACUUCCCUGUCUCACAAGAGGAAAUAACACUAUCCAUUUCACCCACAAGGGUGAUACUGAAGAAUUAUUUUGACGAGGACAAUGAUCGCAUCAUGUAUACAGAGAUGUUUCUACAUCCUGAUGAGUUUGACUACUUCCAUCUCAGAGUGGACUCAGAUAUAACCUUCUGUCUCAAAGAACUGAGGGGCUUGCUGACAUUUGCAGAGUCUCAUGGCCUACAAGUGUCUGUCCACUUUGGUUCAUCUGGAAAUCCUGUGUCGUUCAGUUUGGAGGAUAUGUUGCUGGAGGCUGUAGUAGUAUUGGCUACCCUAGUGGAUCCAGGCAAUGAGAAUCCUUCCCAGGUGUCUGUUGCCCAGGAAGUUGCAGCACACAGUUUAGUGGGUGUUUCACUAAAUGAAGGUCCAGCAAGUGUAGAGGCUACUAAUGUAACAGUCAACCAUCCAGUCCAUUCAGCUGGGGAUCAGGUGGCUUCUAGCCAGGGAAGUCCAUUCUUCAAACCAACUUUCCAUGUGAAGAAGCUUAUGCAACUUGUUGGGGGAGGAGAGGACUUCACUAAAUCCAGAUCUUUGAAUGAAAUAAGUUCUGGACCUGCUUUGUCCACAGCAGUAACACCAGCCAGUUUUAAGAUCUGUUCUCUGCUUUUUGGGGCUGUAACAAAUGAUCAGGAGGAAACCAUUAAAUCAGACCUAACCAGUUUGGUGUACGCCAGUGACACUGAGGAUGAUACUAGAGACAGUGAUGGCAGAAAGGAAGAGUAAAUUAGAUUUAAACACACCAAGGGACAUGUGUAGAGGUGCCGGGGAGACUACAUUUAUGUUUUUGAAAAUGAUUUGCAACGUGAUAGUUUGUGAUAUGUA